AUGUCGUCGUCCAGCAUUGCCCGGACAAGGUCGCUCGACCACCUGGUCCUGACAGUCAAGGACCUCGACGCCACGGUGAAGUUCUACGAGUCGGUGCUGGGCAUGCGACACACGGCUUUCACGUCGGGCGGCCAGGAGCGGCACGCGCUGACCUUUGGCGGGCAAAAGAUUAAUCUGCACGUCAGCGGCCGCGAGUUUGAGCCCAAGGCCCAGAAUGUGCAGCCCGGGUCUGGCGAUCUGUGUUUUUUGGUCGAGGACAGUGUUGACGAGGUUGCGCAGAGGCUGCACGAGAGCGGCAUCGAGGUCUUGGAGGGUGGCGGCGUUGUGAACCGUACUGGCGCAAAGUCCAAGCUUAGGAGUGUGUAUAUUCGAGAUCCCGAUGGCAAUUUAGUCGAACUUUCCAACGAGACAUCUUGA